CUUCCUGCCUUCUCCUACCAGAGCCUGCUUUCCUCAGUCCAGGCUUCAUCUAUUAUACAUGCAUGCUGACAUCACUAUUUCUGCCAUCACAACUCCUGCAGCAGCAGCCACCCAGCCCAGGCGCUUACUCCUUUGGUUCAGAGGCCCUCGCAAGCCUGCUAUAAUCGCCUCCGCAACUCGAGUGCUCUGCCCCUGGGAACGCCGGCCUCAUCACAGUGUCUCUGCAUGACUGUCACAAAGAUGUCUUGGUGUCCGCAGUACCGGAGCUCCAAGUUUCGAAACGUCUAUGGGAAAGUGGCCAACAGGGAGCAGUGCUUCGAAGGCAUUCCCAUCACCAAGAACGUCCACGACAACCACUUCUGCGCUGUCAAUGCCAAGUUCCUCGCCAUAGUAACGGAGAGCGCUGGCGGAGGCUCCUUUCUAGUCAUCCCGGUGGAACAAACUGGACGGAUUGAUCCUCAUUACCCGAAAGUGUGCGGCCAUCAAGGGAAUGUCCUGGACAUCAAGUGGAACCCCUUCAUGGACAACAUCAUCGCUUCCUGUUCAGAGGACACUUCGGUGAGGAUAUGGGAGAUCCCGGAGGGGGGGCUGAAGCGGAACAUGGCAGAGGCGGUUCUUGAGCUGUACGGACACAGCCGGCGCGUGGGCCUCAUCGAGUGGCAUCCUACCGGCAACAACAUCCUGUUCAGCGCCGGGUACGACUACAAGAUCCUCAUCUGGAACCUGGAUAUCGGCGAGCCUGUGAAGAUGAUCGACUGCCACUCUGAUGUCAUCCUCUGCAUGUCUUUCAACACCGACGGCAGCUUAGUGGCCACCAGCUGCAAGGACAAGAAGCUCAGGGUGAUAGAGCCCCGCUCUGGGAGAGUGCUGCAGGAAGCAAACUGCAAGAAUCACAGAGUGAACCGUGUGGUGUUCCUGGGGAAUAUGAAGAGGCUGUUGACCACAGGAGUGUCCAGGUGGAACACCAGGCAGAUCGCACUCUGGGACCAGGAGGACCUGUCCAUGCCGAUGAUCGAGGAGGAGAUUGACGGGCUGUCAGGGCUGCUCUUCCCCUUUUAUGACGCUGACACACACAUGCUGUACCUGGCUGGAAAGGGUGAUGGGAAUAUCCGCUAUUACGAGAUGGGCACGGAGAAGCCCUACCUGCAGUACCUGCUGGAGUUCAGGUCGCCUGCGCCACAGAAGGGACUGGGGGUAAUGCCGAAGCACGGGCUGGAUGUGUCGGCCUGUGAGGUGUUCCGCUUCUACAAACUCUUCACUCUGAAGGGGCUCAUCGAGCCCAUCUCCAUGAUCGUGCCAAGAAGGUCAGAAACUUACCAAGAGGACAUCUAUCCAAUGACGCCAGGCAUGGAGCCAGCCCUCUCAGCUAGUGAAUGGUUGAGCGGGAUCAACAGAGAUCCUGUAUUGGUGUCGCUGAAGGAGGGCUACAAGAAGCCGUCCAACUUGGUUUUCAAAGUGCCUGUUAAAGAAAAGAGGAGCGUGGUGGUGAACGGAAUUGACUUGCUGGAAAACGUGCCACCGAGGACAGAGAAUGAGCUCCUGCGCGUGUUCUUCCGACAGCAGGACGAGCUCCGACGGCUGAAGGACGAGCUCUCGCAAAAGGACAUUAAAAUCCGACAAUUAGAACUGGAGCUGAACAACCUGAAGAACAGUCCCAAAACCAUGUGACCUCACUGGACAUGGCACAAUACGCUGAGCAGCGAUCCCGAGCUGGAACUCUCACUGAACACGAGCCAGACCUGCCAACCAGCUUCAUGCACACCUGCCUCUCUUUUCACUGGAGCAGUGCUGUCUGAAUGAGUCGAGGGUAUCUGUUUGCUGCCCAGCAAUUCCAUUAGCCUCCGAUAUAGACUCUUCUGCAGUCCACCUCCUACUAAAGCUAUGGAAACAUGAAGAGCCACUAUCAUUAUAUAAGACUAUUACAGUUCUCUCUCUUUUCCAAGUGCUGCUCCAGCUCACUAUUGGCUGAGUCGCUUUCAAACAAACAAGCUGUGAUUUCAUUAGACCCGCAGCCUUGGCUCCUAGCUGCAGUAUACCCCCUGUCUAAACCUGGGUACCUUGCAGCACAUUUCGUUAGAUUUGUUACCCUGGUCACUGUUGCUGCUGAUUUUUAUUAUCAUCAUGAUUAUUAUUACCAUAGUAUGUUUAAAGUGGCUGUUAAAUCUCUCUGAGCUGCUUUGUAAAAACUGUAUGAAACAACACAAUGUUCCUUUUUCAGAGAGCGAGUCCUGUAUUGAUACAGGUGUGAGAUUAGUCACAGGUGUGUGUGUGUGUGUGUGCACGCCGCGGCUUGACUGUCUCCUGGAUGCUCUUUUGGGAUUGAAGCACAGUGACAGGGUGGCCAAGUGACCUGUGGCAUGGCUCUGUCUUCAAACUGGAUUUUAACAAAAGCUCCUUUCAAAAAUCUUAUACCUUAAUUUACAUUUCAGUGCAGAUGUCCCAGUUCAGUUUCAAGGAGAUCUGUAACCCUCCUGCUGCUGUGUUGGGGUGCACUAAACCCCAGAAUUCACUUCACAGAGAAACAGUGCCCCCCCUUCCCCCCCCCCAUUAGUGGUUCCAAGUGCUAUAAUCUUUUUUUUAAUUCUGUUUUGUACUGUUCAAGUUAAUAAUGCAUUCCUUAAGUAUAUGAAUCCUACUGUUCUAAAUGCUUACAGCUGUUGAUCAGGGAAUGGCAACACCUCUCUGUGGAAAUGCGUAUUUUAGAAUGGAAGCAUUUUGUGUAGGCUGGAAGGUUCUCAACACCUACUAACAUCAUGAACCAGCUGUUCAAAUUUAUAUAAGGGAGGAGAAUCCUGGUUCACCUUGUGAAUAAAUAAAUGACUAAAGUGUACAUUUUAAACCAUUAAUAAACCUUUUUCCCAUCUGAAUUAUAGUAUGCGGUUCGAGUUAUAAACAAUUGCACCAUUCCUAGAUACGUGGUGUAAAUUCAUAAUACUUAGUAUAUGAUGCUUUUACAUACACAAUCCAAACAUGAACUACAAGUAAAAAGGAGAUGCAAAGUUAGGGUGCUGCUGGAAGUGAGAAAGAGAAGGAUUCUUUUAUUUUUUUUAAAUAGUAUCUCAAAAUAUGGUAGACAGGCUUGUACCCCCAAAAACCACCCAUCUAGGAAGAUUGAAACACUGCAGGGGGGAGACCCUAGCUGAGUGAGGCUGAGUCGGUGUGAGCACUGGAGAGAUUUUAAUGAAUUGAGUUCCCCUCCUCUAAACCCUGACACUAAGAAAUGAAUGCUUGAGGCUGUAGCUACCCCUCGCUUGUAAUCGGAGAGGUAUUUUGUUGUCAUGCCAGAGUUGUGGUAGCCUGUUUGCAGGGAAGCUCGAUUUAUUGCUUUUAAUAUUCUUGCUAUAUACUGGUGUGACACUAGAGGGCGCGACACUAUAACAAAACUGGAAGUGUAGCUCACUACAACAAAUGCUGGAAGGAUAAAGUAAAAUAUUUCUUUACUUUUUCAAAAAAAAUAUAUAUAUAUAUAUAUUUUGCAUUAACCUUAAGGAAUUUUCUAAUAAACUGUGUACUAGUGACUGUGUAAUGUUUUAUUUAAAUUCUGGUAGGCUGUUAUCUAAAUUAUUUACUAUUUUACAAUGUGUAUUGCUCUUUUGCUAUUUUUUUUUUUUUUUAAGAGGCACAUCAUGCAGACAAGGGUGCUGUAAUAUACACACAGUCCUGGGAUUUAAAUGGGUUCCUAUUGAGUUACUAUGAAUUUGUUGUAAUUCAGUAAGAUGAUUCAUAGUGUUAUGAGAAUAUUAUAGGAAUCUUAGCUUUGCUUUCAUCUGUUUUUGUCAUCAGUGGAAGCAUUUGACGUUAUUUUUCUGGACUUUGUGAUUUUAUUACCACUUGGCAACUGAUUGUCAACAGUUCGUACUUUUAAAAAUGUAAUUUUAUUGCAAUUUUCAAAGUAUGAGGGACUGUUCUUAAAGCAUUGUUUAAUCAUCUCAGAAAUAACUUCAGAAAAAGAAUACUUGCACUGGACAGACAUUCUGUUCUGGAGGUUGUUGCGUUGGUUUUGUUAAUACAUUUGUUCUAUUGCUGUCUUGUUACUGCAGAACCCUCCUGCUUAUUCUACAACAGCUGUUUGCCAUUCAUUCAGCAGUACCCUGUUGGUUGUUCCCCUGUGCAACAUCACAGGUCUGCUUGUGAAACACACACAAAACAUUAUUAAAUUUUGAAAGCACCAAAUACUAAACAUGUUUUCCCUGUGCUUUAUGCUGCCUUGUUGCAGUUACCUUUGUACAUAUUUGCAAAAAUGACCAGUUAAGAAAUCAGUAAACACCAUACAAAGCUGGUAUGUAAGGUUUCCAUCCUUACUUUCAAGAUUUCUACUUGGUAUUUCAUUGUUGUGCUCGGAGAGGAUUAUAUUGCAUCAUAGUACAACUGCACUGGUACAAUUCUGCAAUUAGAUGACAUGACUAGAAGAUUGAGUACAAUGAUUUACACUAGUGGUGUAGACUUAAGGAUCCAGUAUUUGUUUGAAUCAAAUGUGCAAAAUGUGAUGACCACCUCACAGAUUUGUAUUACUGUGCAGUUGUAAGUUAUGAUCCAUUACUAAUGAACUGGCCUGUAGGCAUUCUGCUUUUGCAACAGGUCCCUAAUCUGCAAACCCUGAAGGAGUUACACUUCCUGUUGAAUCACUUUGGGAUCAUUCCAGACUGCACUAUAACUACUGCAUGCUUAUGUAUUCAAACACUGAGAGCAGUUGGCAUGCUUGUUUUAUAUUGAAACAUCAGUCUAAGGUUUUGCAUUGGUUUUCUUUUAGAGGCACUGUCAAUAACACACUACCUUAACAUAGUAUAUUGCAGUACACUACUAACAGACUGAAAGUUUCAUCAAAUAGGUAUUGUAAAGCCAUUUCCACCCCUUGGAAAAUAUUUUCCCUACACAGCUGAGGAGGUGCUGUAGCUGACGCUUGGGUUAUGCAUGAUCUGCUCAACUGACAUAACAUUAAAAAGGUGCAGUCUGUUAUGUCAGGAGAGAAAUCAUGAUAAAUGAUAAAGAAUUGCUAAAAUUGGUAUAUACCUCUAACCACCAUGAUUUUAUAUAUAUUCUAAAAGAAACUUAAUAAAUCUUCACGAUGUACUUGCAGUCUAACUAUUGUGCAUUUAAGAUUGCAUUCAAAGACCUUCAUAGAAUUUUCUAGUUUAAAAUGAUCUGUCUAAAAAUAAAAAGAUAAUAGGUUAGUGGCCUACUGAUGGAAAUAAGCCACAAGGUGUAUACCCCCCCCCC